GCUUUCUCGGUGUUUCCAGCAAUGGGGAGAAUUGGCUUUGGGAGGGUUUCGUGGCUUGAGAUUCGAUUCAGCUAGGCAAUUCCGCAGUGGAGGAGUCGCUCUUCUCAGGCUAUGGAAUCCCCUUAGGUUGAUUUGGUGACUGCUUGUUUGGUUAGGAUUUGGUGUAGAGGAAGUGCUAGUGUAUUUUGUUGUUGUCUUUGACCCAGACCCCAUUUUCUCCCUUAAUGCUUGUGGGAGUGUGUUUAUUGGAGUAGAGGAAAUAGAAAACCUAGUCUUUUUAAUUUCUCUCUCUCGUUCAAGACUUAGCGCAGCUAUUGUCCUUUUAUCUGUUAUCCCAAAUCACGCCCGCAGUCAUCAAACUGUUCCUCUCGCUGGAUCAAAUCUCAUGACCAUCAUCUCCUCCCUUUCGUUUUUGAUUUCGAUCGCGCAUCUCUCCUCUCAAACAAUCUCUCGCCGUAAUGUUAUUUUUUCUCACUCUCGGUUUACAUCAGAGAAAGAGAAAUCCCGCAGCUCUUAACUUUCUCUCUCUCUCUCUCAACCCUUCCAGUCCCUCAAAUCUCUCGCAAAUCCGUCACCGCCGGCAGCCACCAUCUCCCUCGCGAACGGAUCUGUCGUCAACUUCCUCUCGUUCAAGAAGAAAAAGGAAACUGCCGGUCUGCAACUCCCCCUUCCCGAACCUGACGCCCUUUUUCCGCGAGGCGCCACGUGAACCAGCAGAAGCCGCCGGCGAGUCCUCCUCCGCGAUCCCCUCACGCCUGUAAAUCCUCCGACGAGUCUGCUCCUCCGCGCAAGUCGCCGUCUGCAGCACCUCCUCGAGCUCUCGUCACGGGUGAGCCCUUGUCCACGCGCAGCCGACCCACACAGCAACUCCGGUGACCCCCGACUUCGCACAGCAACUCGGCAAGCAUCUCCUUCGCGUCGGAGCAUCCCAGCAGCGAGCACAACUACCGCACAGUGCUUCCACGACCCUGCUGCUCCUCCGCGGGUCCACCAGCGAGCCGAGCGUGAACCGUCGAGUCGAGUUCCGUCGGCCAAUUACCGUGAACCACAGCAGCCCUUUCCAGCGAACCCGUGCGCCGCUGCUCCUUCUCGAGCCGCCGCUUGAGUCGCUGCUUCACCGGUGAGCCGCACGUGACCCGUCGUUAGCCCCUCUCUUAUCCGUUUUCGAGCGUCUUUCCGGAGAACGACUUGAAAGGUGAAAUCCGGUUCCAUGGAGAGGACAGAUGAUGAGGUGAUGGCGGAGCGGCUAGUAGAGACUCGAGCAAGAAAUAUAAGCCACAAUGUGAGGUGUACUGAGUGUGGUAGUCAGUCCAUUGAGGAUUCACAAGCUGACAUUGCUAUUCUCCUCCGUAAGUUAAUACGUGACGAAAUUCGGUCGGGUAAAAGUGACAAAGAAAUCUUCAAGAAGCUGGAGGAUGAUUUUGGCGAGAGCGUGCUUUACACGCCAAAGUUCGACAUGCAAACUGCAGCUCUGUGGUUGUCCCCGCUUGUGUUUGCAGGUACUGCUGGAGGUGUGUGGGCGUACAAAAGGUACAAGCGAAAAACGAACGUGCAUAUAAUGGCCUUAAACCUCGUGAGAGGGGUCCCACUAACACCAAAGGAGAAGGAGACUAUGUUGGAUCUCCUCAUGCCAUCUUCUUCUCAGGCAACUUCAUCUUGGUGGAGAAAAUGGCUUUCUCAAUGAGUUGAGAAUUUGUAUCUGUCCAUUCUAUAUAUCGACAUGCUCAUGCUCAUAACCUUAAAUGUUGGGGUUUUGUUGCUUAUUUGAAGGGUUUGGGAGAGCGGGUAGACUAUUAAAGAUGUAAUCUUUUGUUCAGUUUUUGUCUUGAAAUAAAUACUUGCUUUGUGGUGUGCUAUGUGAUAUGCUGCCUGUGUUGGUAUAAUUUUUUCUGUACUUAUCUAAUAUAUUCAGUCCAACAAAUCAACUUCUAUCCUAUGCUUCAACACAUAGUGGCACCAAAUUUGUUUCUCCAAAACAGUCCAACCAGAUUUCGGGAAAGAAGCAAUAAAAACAUUCAAGUUGUCAUGAAUACAUCCCUUGAGAGCAAGAAAGAUGCAAGCAGCAAUAAAAACAUUCAAGUUAUGAAGAACACAUCUGUCGAGAGCAUCACAGACACAGAACAGGUUCACAAAACAACAAGAAAACAAAUCAUGGGCACAUUUGAAACAGGUCUUUGAAGCGUGUUCCCUCAGCCAUGGCCAGAAGUUGGCUCUGCGUACCAAUUGUUAAGCUCGAGCUGUUUGCUAAUUUUCUAGAUUAAUUUUGGUAUUUUUCUGUAAUUUUCACGAGUAGAGAGGGAGAAGAAGAUCAGUAGAGAGAGAAAGGGAUAGAGAGAGAAAUAGGAGAGAGAAACAUUCUGUUAGCCAAAUCUGAUAUUCUCUGACAGUCACGCGGGUUUUAACCCUACAAGAUGGUCCCACAAAUAACAUAAAUAUGGGCCUAGAACAAACUCUAGCCCAAGUCAAAUUUAGCUAAUAUUUCAGUAAUAAAAUAAAAGAGCCAUAAGGCCCAAUCGAAACAGCAAUGAAAAGGGCCCAAAUGACGUAUGCUAAUCUCGGCCCGUCAAAGGACACAAUUUAUCUCCUCUUUUGUCUUCAUCUCCAACCCUAAUUCCCUUGGUCCCGAUUCAAUUUCUCUUUCCCAUUUUGAGCUUUGUUCUUCUUCUUGCAAGAUCGCACCUUUUUCUUCGUUUUUCGCAGCAUUUCCGGCCAAAGGUGUAAUCUUUGGAUCACCUGAGCCUCGGUACAUGACAUCAAAACUCUGCACAAGUGCACUUUAUACAUCAACACGUUGCAUUUUGUAAAACAAUACAUUGCACUUUAUAAAAUAAAACCCUGCACUUUAUUACGGGGUUCUUUACUUAUGGGAUACAAGUGAAGUCAACCAGAAGCUAUAAACAUCGGUGGCAGGUUGAACCAAAAAAUACUUGGUUUUCCACCAAGAAACAUUCCAAGACAGGUCGUGUAAGAAUUUAGCCUUAUUGUGAGCUCCUUGGCAAUGGGUUCUCUUUUGGAAUUUCGGGAUUAGUGUACUCGUGGGCCAAGGACGGAGUUCGUCAGGCAUCUAACAAUAGGUACCGAACCUAUCGACCUCUUAUGCACAAGAAUAACGGAUCGGGUUUAUUUUUGUUUUCAAAGUUGGUUUUGGUGUCACUUGUGACUUGCCUAAAUAAACAAACGUAGCAACAUUUUCCGGAGUAAAAUUUGAAAAUAGCAAAACCAUAUCAUCAUUGAUGUGAUAAUCAUAACAAAUAACCCCGCAAUUUUAAAAUU